UUCUUCCUCAGCGGCUGGUUCUUCAGCAACUUCCUCGGCGGGUGCUUCUUCCUCAGCGGCUGGUUCUUCAGCAACCUCUUCAGCGGGUGCUUCUUCUUCAGCAGCUGGUUCUUCAGCAACCUCUUCAGCGGGUGCUUCUUCCGGCUCAGGCUGGUUGUCCCACGCAUCACCUGUGAACUUCACCAUGCCUCCAGCAGGAGUAUUCACAAUAUAACCCUUGCCACCAUCAAUACCAAAACCGUCACCUUCAUCAGCUACCGUGUAACCCGUGAAACUCUGGGUCGCAGCAUCGAGUUGGAUCACAACCGUUGCACCCAACAUUUCUGCCAACGAUUUCGCUGUGUAGGGAUCUGCCGGCAUCAACGGAAUAGAAACCAUGUUCAAACCCGGUUCGAGCGUUACAUCAAAACCAGGACCUUCUACGACCGGUUCUGGAAUCGGUUCUUCUACAACUGGCUCUGCGGGGGCCUCAACAGGCGUGAUCAUCAACAUUGCUGUGGGUUCAUCCCACGCAAACGCUUCACCGACAUCAGCCCCGCCUUGAAUACCUUCGUGUGCUGCUAUGACACCACCUUCGGUCGGAACCCGCUCAUUGCUCCCUUCUGGAUCAACAGCGGCAUCUAAAGCGAGCGGACCCGGAAUAUCAGAAGCCAUUUCUGUGUUCUCUUCACUACCGGCAUCAUAAGCGUUUAAAUCGAGACUCGCCGACACAGGUGCGCCAUCCUCAUCAAAAAGUGCUACAUCGGUAGCCGCGAUGAAGGCAUCAUUUGUUGACACGAGCAUGGAACCUACAGAGAGCGAAGAGUUUACCAUGUCAGCCGUCACGGUGACAGUAAGGGAUCCACCGGGAGGAACCACACCCUCAGCGACCAUGCUGUUCGCGCCAGCAGCAGCUGCGAGUGCAACGAGGCCUGAAGCAUCUCCAUUUUCAGCAAGAGCCACAAGGGCAGGGCUCGCUGGUUGACCGACUUCGGCAAGGUUUAUACCGGCAGCGUGCGUCACAAAGAUGGGUGGUGAGAGGACUUGUCCACCUGCUCCGGGUUCACCAGUAGUGAGGUUCGUGAGGGUAAUCUCGAACAUCUGGCUCACCGGCAUUUCAGGAGCUACCUCUUCGGCAGGGACUUCCUCAGCAACUGGCUCUUCCGCUGGAGUUUCCUC